CUUGUCAUAUACUGGAAUGCUGUGAUGGCCUGGCCCAGGAUGUCAUCAGCACCAUAGGGCAAGCUUUUGAACUUCGAUUUAAGCAAUACUUGCGAUGCCCCUCUAAGAUACCUACUAUCCAUGACAGGAUGCAGAGUUUUGAUGAACCAUGGAUGGAGGAAGAUAAUGAGGCAACAGAACAUCCCUAUUACAACAACAUCCCAAAUAAAAUGCCCCCCCCUGGCGGCUUCAUUGAUGCCAGGCUCAAAGCAAGUCUUCCCAAUACUGCAGAUACAGCUCAGUCUGCAGCAGGAGUGGGAGGAGAGCAAACCUAUUACCAGAGUCGUCACUUAGGAGAUAAACUCAGUGAAGACUGGCAUCAUGGGCCUGUUAAGCAAGGAUCUCUGGAGAUUUGUAGCAUGCUGGAAGGGAAAUCACAAGUAACCCCAACAGCAGAGAUGCCAACAUAUGUAAACACCCAGCAUAUAAAUAUAGAAGCUCUACUGGCACUUCAGGCAGAUGCUGAAGGUACCUUCAGUGGAACAGCAGAUGAUACCAAAGAGAGCAGCCCAGGAAAGGAUCUGUUUGACAUGAAACCAUUUGAAGACGCCCUCAAAAAACAAACAUUUGAGGCUGGGUUGAGUAAAUCCACCUCCACUAGAUGCACCAGUCCUCUUUUAUCCAGACCAGCUGACUGGACAGUAGCUGAAGAGCUGAGUACAGAGCCGUGGUACCAAGGAGAGAUGAGCAGGGAAGAAGCAGAACAGCUGUUAAAGAAAUGUGGAGACUUCCUCGUGAGGAAGAGUACCACGAAUCCUGGCUCCUAUGUGCUGACAGGCAUGCACAAUGGGCAAGCCAAGCAUCUGCUUUUGGUGGACCCAGAGGGAACUGUUCGUACAAAAGAUCGUGUCUUUGACAGCAUAAGUCAUCUCAUCAAUCAUCAUCUCGAGAAUAAUUUGCCAAUAGUUUCUUCUGGGAGUGAACUCUGCCUGCAGCAGCCCGCUGAGAGGAAACACUGA